AUGGAAGAUUAUGACGUAAAAAUUAUAGUUGGCAAGGAACCAAAUAUUGAAGAAUUUAAAGCACAUUCGACAAUCUUGUCUUCGAAGUCAAUUUAUUUUAAAAAUGCGUUGUCUUCACGAUGGGUAAAGAAAGAAGAUGGAAUAAUCAUUUUUUAUAAACCUAAUAUUUCACCCUUGGUAUUUGAAGUUCUUAUAAAGCAUAUUUAUAAAGGGAUACUUUCAGUUGAAAAUAAUGGAAUUAAUCUUAUGGAUGUUAUCAUUGCUGCCGAUGAGCUUAAAUUACUUGAAGUUUAUCAACAACUUGAAAAUCGAUUUCUUGAUAAUAAAUUGAAUUGGAAACCAAAAGAAAUUAUUACAGCUUUGCAACACGAUCGUUUUACCAAUUUAUAUAAUUUUGCAUUAGGAAUAAUAUAUAGAAAUCCUAUAAUUAUUUUUGAAUCAGAGGAUUUCUCAAAAAUUAAAGAAGUUCAACUUAUUCAGCUUUUGAAAAGUGAUGACCUUGUAUUAAAAGAAAUUAAAAUUUGGAAAUAUUUAAUUAAAUGGGGAAUUAAAAAUACUGAUUCUAUUUCUGAUGAUGAUUUAACUAAAUGGACAUCAAAGAAUUUCGUGGGUCUAAAAAAUACUUUACGCAAUUGUAUUCCUCACAUUCGAUUUUUUAGUAUGUCACCUAAUGAAUAUACAAAAGCUACACGCCACUUUAAAGAUAUUCUACCAGAUGGUCUUGAUGAAGAAGUUUUACAAUAUUUUUUAGAUCCUACCUCCAAACUUUCAUUUGAUGUUUUACCAUUAAGAGGAUAUCCAUUUGACUCUAAUAUUAUUAAUGCUAAAGAUGCAGCAUUAAUAGCAAGUUGGGUCCAUAAGAAACGAACACCUUAUAAUAAUUAUAAAGAUUUACCUUCUAAAUUUAAACUUAUUUAUCGCGCUAGUAGAGAUGGUUUUGGAAUUAAUAAUUUUCAUAAGAAUUGUGAUAAUAAGGAAUCAACAGUUAUCAUCAUUAAGAUUCGCAAUUCAGGAGAGAUAAUUGGCGGAUAUAAUCCAUUAGAAUGGCGUAGCAUCAAAAUAGAAGAAAAUGAAACAUCACGUCUAUUAUCUCAUAAUCAAGAUUUUUAUAAUGAUUAUAAAUGCAAGGCAUCAAAUAGUUUUAUAUUUUCAUUAACAAAUCAAAAAUUUCCCAUUUUAAGCCGAAUUUCCUCUAAAGAAGAAGCGAUUAUUUGGUGUAAAAAUAAAGGACCCUGUUUUGGUUUACAAGAUUUGUGUAUCAAACCAUUAAAACCUUCAAAUAAUUUUAAUGUCAUUUGUGAAAGCAAGCAGCACUCUUAUGAAAAGAAAAUCAUUAAUGGAGAAAUUUUUGAAAUAGAAGAAUACGAAGUGUUGGUCAAUCCGGAUAUCGAAGAGUGGUUAAAAUUUAUGGGUGGAAUUACUAUUUAA